CACACACAGAGCAACAAGUGGAUGUUUUAACGCUGCUUUGCUUUCCGAACUUUUUAGGAAACGGAUUUUUCUUUUUUUUUUCUCUCCUCAACUGGACGAAUUUUCUUCCAAAGAAAACUUUAUUUAUCAGUUGUUUGGUGUGUGGAGGCUGUUCAGUUAACGGACCGACAUGCCUCGUUCAUUUCUGGUGAAGCACAAAAGGUCUUAUAAUGUGCACAGAUCGUAUGAGGACGAGCAGAAGGCCUUCAUAUGUGCUGAAACCCCACCGGAGCUCCAGACCACAGACUCCUCAGAGAGGCCUCAGUCUUCACCAGCAGGUCGCUGCUCACCUGUGAAGGACGAAGCAGAGCGUGGAUGCACUUUACCUGUUCACCCAGAGCCCACCAGGCCUCCUGUGGCUCCCACACAGCCGUAUUACAUAACUGAGCCUCCAAUGGCUGAGUUUCCACCGUACUACAAGUCUGCAUACGGCUGGGAGCCGGUGUCUCCGUCCUACGAGCUCCGUCAGAUGAGUUUCAGCCCCACGGUGCUGCAGCACGCCAGCAGUCUGUACGGCAGCCACAUCAGAAGCAGCCCACAGCCGGAUCAGCCUCUGGACUGCAGCACCCACUACUCCCCCACCUCCAACACCUACCACUGCAUCACCUGCGACAAGGUGUUUUCGACGCCUCACGGACUCGAGGUUCAUGUCAGGAGGUCACACAGUGGGACGAGACCUUUUGGCUGCAGCAUCUGCAGGAAAACCUUCGGUCACGCAGUCAGUCUGGAGCAACACAUGAACGUCCACUCACAGGAAAAAAGCUUCGAGUGCAAGAUGUGUGGCAAAUCCUUCAAGCGCUCGUCCACUCUGUCCACACACCUGCUCAUCCACUCGGACACCAGGCCUUACCCCUGCCAGUACUGCGGCAAGAGGUUCCACCAGAAGUCUGACAUGAAGAAGCACACGUACAUUCACACCGGCGAAAAGCCCCACAAAUGCCAGGUGUGCGGCAAAGCGUUCAGCCAGAGCUCCAACCUGAUCACGCACAGCAGGAAGCACACGGGCUUCAAGCCGUUUGGCUGCGACGUUUGCUCCAAGGGCUUCCAGCGAAAGGUGGAUCUCCGCCGGCACCACGAGAGCCAACACGGCAUGAAGUGACAGCUUUAGUCUAACACGUGGAAGAAGUUUCUAUCUGAUGUAAUUUAAAUAUGUGGAAGAUUAUGCAGGAGUGACUGGAGGCAGUUUAACCUAUGUAUUAUAUAAUAUAUUGCAGGAAAUCUUUUUUAAAAAAAGUGUUUACAUGUGGAUAAAAGGGAGAAAUGUCAUUGAGAUUCAUCUCAGUUUUGUAUAUUAUAUUUAAACUCUGCUUGUGUGAUGUAAACUGGUUGCUGAAUAAAGGACGAACUGAGAAACGCACUGUUUGAGCACCGUAAA